GGGGCAAUUAUUUCUAUACAGGUGUGCAUAAGUAAACGAGGAAUGGGUAAUUUUUUUUUUUUUAACCGUUGCGAUUAACUUACACGCACGCACACGGGGACACCCUUCUGCUGCUCAGCAGGGCAAUCAUUGGCUGUCUAUAAUGCACCGCUCUUAAAAACACCCCCCUAUAAGAGCCUAUAAGAUCGGGACAAAAAAAAAGAAAGAAAAGAAGAAGAGGAAAAGGCGCAGUUGCUCUCGUAGAAGCACGAUAGACGGAUAGAGCGUACGCGUUCGUCUCGUUAAAGUUAUACGGAGAUCUAUCUUUUUUUAGUCUCACUCAGCUGCGGAAUUUCGUCCGUUCGAAGAGAUCGAUAACAACCCAAAAUUCUCCCAUCGUCGAGCGUACGCGCGACGAUCGGACGAUUGGUGACUCGCGCGAGAAAGUACUUGCGCGAUUCGGUGAGUUUUCGUGCCCUGCUGAGCUUUUUCAACUGGAUCGUCGAGGACCCGCCUGCUGCUGCUUCUAAAAGAAGAUCCAGCGGAACGAUGCAGUUCAGUCUGGCGCAGAAGGCCGCCCUGGCCGGUAUCGGCAUGUUCGUGUUCUCCGUGCUCUACACCACGGCCAUCUUUCCGACCAUCUUGAAGCUUCAACUGAAGAGGAAAGUCGCGCUGAAGAAGGGCUGGAUGAUGCGCGACACCUGGAGCAAGUUCCCGUUCGUCGUCAACAUGAACUUCUACAUGUUCAACGUGACGAAUCCGGACGGCAUCAAGGAGGGCGAGAAGCCGAUCGUCCAGGAGGUCGGCCCCUUCGUGUACGACAAAUACCACGAGAAAACGAAUCAGGAGGAUCGCGACGAGGACGACACGAUAUCCUUCACCAUGAGGGACACGUACUUCUUCAACGCGGAGAAGAGCAACGGCUUGACCGGCGACGAGGAGAUAAUCGUGCCGCACUAUCUCAUCCUGGGCAUCGUCAACGCCCUGCUCAGGACCAAACCCACGGCCGUGCCCAUAGUCGGCAAGGCGGUGGACAUAAUAUUCUCCAAGCCCAACAGCAUAUUCAUCAAGGCCAAGGUCAAGGACAUACUGUUCGACGGCCUGUUCAUCGACUGCACGGCCAAGGAUUUCGCGGGUGCGGCCAUCUGCUCGGAGGUCAAGGCCGCCCACGAGGAGUUCGGCCUGAAGAUGGUCGCCGAGGAUCAGUACCUGCUCUCUUUAUGGGCCGCGCGCAACGGCACCGACGCCAAGGCCCGCCUGCGCGUCAAGCGCGGCCUCAAGAACAUCAUGGACGUCGGCAAGGUGGUCGAGUACGCCGACAAGGCCAACAUCUCCGUGUGGGACGACGACUACUGCGACCAGUUCAACGGCACCGACGGCACCGUCUUCCAUCCUAAGUUCGAUCGACGCGGCGCCGACGACAUCGUCGCCUUCAACACGGAUCUCUGCCGCAGCGUCAGCUGUCGCUUUCAGGCCAAGAGCAAGUUCAAGGGCAUCAGGACGCUGCGCUACUCGGCGGAUCUCGGCACCGACGGGGAGCACAACGAGCUGCACAAGUGCUACUGCCCGGAGCCCGACAAGUGCCUGAAGAAGGGCGCCUACGACCUCAUGAAGUGCAUCAAGCUGCCGCUCGUGCUCACCAAUCCGCACUUCUACAUGGCCGAUCCGUCGUUCUCGGAGCAGGUGGACGGCAUGAGCCCCGAUCCGGCUAAGCACCAGAUGCUGAUCGAUCUGGAGCCGCUGUCGGGUGCCCCGGUGCAGGCCUGCACCCGGGCCCAAUUCAACAUGUUCAUCAUGCCCGUGCCCAAGUUCAAGCUCAUGAAGAAGUUCCCCGACGCGCUGCUGCCCCUGUUCUGGUUCGACGAGCAGAUCGUGCUGCCGGACUUUCUGCUCAAGGAGAUACGCGGCGGCGCGGUCAUGUACAAGAUGGGAAAGAUGUUCGGCAAGUUCAUGAUGUUCGGCGGACUGCUGAUGAUCAUGUCGGGCGGUGGCCUGUUCGUCAAGCAGAACUACGUGGACAAGGCCAACUCGAAGACGACGGUGCAGGGCAGCAACGUCGGUAACGGCCACGGCAACGGCGACGCCGAGAAGAAGAUGAAUAUCAGUACGGUACAGGCGCCGAUACCGCCCAACAUCAGUUAAAAAACAAAAAACAACAAAAAAAGCAUCUUAUUAUUUUCCGUGCAAAAGAGAACGUAUAUCAUAUACUUGUAAAUAAUGUACAUACACGAGGUGGGAGAUAUAUAAUACAUAAGCGAAUUAUCGAUCGCAUUAGUAGUGCGAUAGGAUAAUUGUAUCGUACCUAUAGAGCCAAUUACAGUUCGUUCGGUACAUAUAUGCUAUUUUACAUUCGUUAUAUAGACGACUGAAAGUUCGCCCGGACACCACCGAAAAAGUGCGAUCGCAAUUUUUCAAUUAACGUAUAGCGUGGCUAGUCGGGUUAUCAGUGAUACGCGUCGAUUGGUCUAAUUGGCAUUGCCGACUGACUAAAGUACUGUAUUAAGUAUCUGAGUUAUCGCUAAAUGGCGCGUGUCCGAACUUUUUCGGAAAUCGAAAGAGAAAAAGCCGAGUUAUUGGCACAUAUAUGCGAGCUUUGUUUUACAUUGCUGUCUCAGCUCGUAUUUGUGAGCACCACGGCGAGCUUUCGGUCAGAGUACAAUGAAAAGUUACACACAUAUAUUUUGUCGAAUCAAUUCCGAUGAGGUAUCGAUCUUGCAAAAAAAAAAAAAAAGAUUUCACGACUCACGCGUAAGUUCUACAUAAAUCGACUAUAUUUUUAUUGCGCUUGAAAACUCGUCGAGUUAAAAGUCAAGCGCGGGGCACGGAUUGUACGAAAAAAAAAAAGUUCUAAUAUCGCCGAUACACGUAACGAGCACUAUAUAGAAUAUUGAACGCACUCUCGUAAAUAGUGUAAUGUUGUACUUCUUAGCUUUAUUACGCAAAAAAAAAGAGAAAAGAAGGCGAGCAAAUCCUGUUUUUAUUGCUCCAUAGAAUUCAAUGAUCGUUACUUAUAAUCCUCAUGUAUUUUCAUUGUGUACUCUAUCAGUUGGGUUAAUAAAGUUCUCAUUUCAAAAUUCGCAUUCUCGUCAUUCACGAAAAUCGU